GUCAAAGAAAAUGUCAGAUUCUAGUUUUUGUCAGUCAAAGCACCAUUUAUUUUCACAUUUUCUUAAUGUAUUUAUAAGCAAUGGUUGAACAAUCACCUAGAUUUAAUACUAUGCGAUCACAAUCACCUAAACCCAGAUUGAAAUGCAUUUGCAACACAGUCAACGUUUUAGAAGAGAUCACACGCAAAAAUAAAAAGUUACCAAAACCGGAAUUGAAUAAAAUAAGAUUGAACUUAUUGACAGAAAGGAAUUCCGAUGGAACGGGGUACCUUAUGCUGCGAGGCAAAGAUAUUCACGAUAGAUUUCAUAGAAGGAUUGAGGAUACAGAUAUUCGGGCCAUCUGUACCUACAUACGACAGUCCCCAAGAAGAAUAACUCGUCUUGACUUGAGCUACAACAAUAUCACCGACAAAGGCUUCUUCAAACUGCUGAAGAAACUUCUCGUCAAAGGUCGAUCGAGUCUCAUCAACUUGAACAUCAUGAACAACAGGAUAACAAGAAUAUCGAUUGAGUACUUAGCAAAAUACGCUGCAGUAAUUAAACUACAAUACUUAAGAUUGAAUGGCAACCGUUUCGGAACGAAAGCCGGAGAAUACUUCGCUAAAUUCUUGAUAAACAAUAAAUCUGUCCAAUAUUUAGACAUCGGAGAGACUAAUCAAAGUUUGACAAGCGUAGCUCAGAUCAUCACGGCGUUGAGGAUUGACCACGGAGCCAACACAACACUCAGAGUAUUCGAUUUUAGUCGAAUCAAUCCGUUAUUUAAUCGAUAUCCGACCGAAACAAAAUGGCUGGCGUACCACAUCGAGUAUCUAUUGGAAAGAAACUCUUCAAUUAUCGAGUUACAUUUGCAAAAGAAUCAAUUUAUAAGUCAUGACAUGGAAUAUUUCGCGAGAGGUUUACGUCGAAACACAUCACUGUUGUAUUUAGAUUUAGGUUAUAACAGCAUUGGGGAUUACGGCAUUGAGUUGUUGGCUAAAUAUUUAGCUGAGGGACCACAGUUAGUAUUGCUAAACGUAGCUGGUAACUGCAUUAACGACACAGGCGCGAGAGCGUUAAGUUUCGGCUUGCCUUAUUCCAAAGUUCGCGCUCUUGACAUUUCGAAAAACAAUUUGACAGAUACAGGCGUGCUCGAUUUAUUGAAUACGAUCAAAAAACCGUUUUAUAUGCGAUUUUUGAACAUCUGGGGGAAUAAAUUUGGACACGAUUCUUGCGUUGUUAUCGCAAGAAUGUUGAUCAGUGGCACUUUGUUUCAACACACCAUCGACGUGAAGAUUUAUGAGGUAGAUAAUGUGUUAUAUGCUGCAUAUUACCCAAAUCCUGCUAACAGGAAUAAGCAUUUUUAUUACGACGAAUUGGAGUUCGGUGUUGCCCAACCUAUUUACCAUAUUACCCGUAAUGUAAUUGACGAUAAAAAGUCGGUUAAAGUGGAUUGUAAACACCGUCACAAAUUGGAUAAAACUGAUAGAAAGAACUUUUAAAAUUAGUCUAUUUUUUCUUUAUUUAUUUUUUUAUUUGUAAUGUUUAGGGUUGUAUGUCUAAUAAGUAUUUUUAUAGGUAAAUGUAUUGAGUAGUUCGGAUUCGUUUUUAUUAAUAAAUGGUUUUUGUCUA